AUGUCUACGUGGCGCAAACGAUUUUCACGAAAAUCACAACGGCUUACUGAAAAUGACGAAAUUCUGUUGAAUAACACUGUCAAAUAUCGAAGAAAAUUACAAGCAGCAAUAAGUCAAAUCAGUCGUACAAAAAAAUUUGCACAACGAAAUUUUGAUAGUCCUGCAUCUGAAGUUCAUGUUGCUCGACUUAUCAAUGAUAUUGGUCAAUUAUCUGAUUGUAAACCAUUACAAGAAAUUACUGGUUUAAUUGAUUCUUUAGCUAUGCGACAUCAAUUAUCAUCACGAAUAUUUAAUGAAUAUGCUAUGAAUUCACUUCAACAGUCGUUACGAAAAUUAAAUGAUAAUUUAUCAAAUGAUUUUGAUAAAACAAAAUCUAUGUUUGAAGAAGCUAUAACCAAUCAUUGUUCAGAUCAUACAAAAAAUCAAUUAUUAACAAAAGUACAAACUGAAUGGUGUAAACAUCAAAAUUUAGCAAUUAACGAACUUAAACAAGGUUUAUCAUCUUAUUGUGAUAUUGGUUUAUAUAAUCUUAAAGUACAAAUGGCUAUUCUCGAAAAACUUCAAACUAUUUUUCUUGAAAAAGAUCUUCUUUUAUGUGAUUGUCCUGGUCUUGUUUUUCCAUCAUUUGUUUCAACGAAAGAUGAAUUAAUUAUCAAUGGAAUUUUACCUAUUGAUCAAAUGCGAGAUUAUAUUGGCCCUGCCAACCUUGUUUGUCAUCAGAUUCCACGAUCUAUUAUUUCGCAUAUCUAUAAUAUUAUGUUACCAUUACCAAAAGAAGGCGAAGAUGAAAAUCGACCACCAACAGCUGUAGAAUUAUGUGCUACUUAUGCAUAUCGACGAGGCUUUAUGACACAUAAAGGUAUACCAGAUGGAAGUCGUGCAGCUCGUCUUAUUCUAAAAGAUUAUGUUAAAGGAAAACUUUUAUAUUGUUAUCCACCACCAGGUUAUAAUUCCGAAGAAUUUCAACAGUAUUCUAAUCGUUAUAAUGUUGACAAUGAUAAUAAUGAUGAUGAUACUAAUGUUGAAACAAAUAAUCAAGAAAUCUCAUCAAGUGAAACAACAUCAAAACAACCACGUUUUCAACCAUCGGAUGUCGAUCAACAAUUUUUUCAUCCAACUGAUGUACGUUUUGGAUCUAAAGGUACACAUGGUCGAAUAAAUUAUACAAGAAAAAGUGGUCCGAUAUUAGCUGGUGAAACAAUGAACGAUUCAACGAAUCAAUAUCCAGAUGGAAAACCUUGGAAAAAACAUCAUAAUCAUAAUAAGAAAGAAAAAUUACGACGUUUAUAUCGGCAUCUUGAUGCUUAA